AUGACAAAAUUAUGCAAAAUCCAGUUCAUUCACCACCACCACCACCACGCCCUGCGACACACACUAAUCACCAGUACCCAUUUGGAAAACAAAAGCAAUUGCAUAUUUCCACAAGCGAUUGAAACAAUGAAAAUUCUUUUGAUUGCUUCGCUCAGUUUACUUAUGUCAAAACGAUUUCCUCUCUUUUUGUUACUGUUCUAA